AUGAACCGCAACCCAUCUAUUGACGCAGUUCUGUAUGCUAACCAGCAUAACCUGUCCUCAGACAGCUUCCGACAGCUCAGUGAGGUUCCUCAAGAGCGCGCCCAAGGAACUGUCCAUCUCAAAUAUUACCGCGAUGUGAGAACGAUAAAACAUGAACACCUGGCCAUAGAAGAGGGCUCGCUUGUCAUGUCCAUCGCACCGUAUUUCACGAACUUGUCACAGCAGCUAACUCGCUCAGACGAGUUUGAAUUACGCAUCGGAGAGGUCUACGUCGUCUCUCACAUGUACGCAGACAUGUGGGCUCUCUGUGUCCGCCUCAGAAACUCAGAGGGUGUAGCUGAUGUCAAGAUUGACGACCUAAAGGACUCACCCAACAUCAAGUUCAUCCCUCUAUGCGCGGUGACACUGGCUUCCAAUUUCUCUGCGUUUUAUAGACGUUGUGCCAGCUACCGCGACAACCCCCCGUACACUAGGUUCUUUCCUGCUGGAGGUAGCCUCAUUACUCCACCUCGCCGUAAAGAAUCUUUGCUGGUGAGUCGCAAGUACUUUACAGAAUGCACCCACCAGAUUUCUUUCUCUCUGCCUCCAAUUGUGUACACUCUCUGCCAUGCGCCAAGGAAAAUGCAAGCUGGUCUUGCCUACGAGCCACUAGACUAUGGGACUGAAAGUCAGAAGGAGGAAACCGCAGCCGAAGCUGCAGUCGAUGACCACAAACAGCAGCACGGGACUCUAAGACAACGCUUCUGGGCAAUGUUUGCAGAAAGAGAAUCAAAAUCAUCAGACAAAGGAAAACAGCCAGAGGUCUCCCCGAGCAACGAUGGUCUCGGUUCAGGUGGGAAAACGAUUCACACAAAGUCAACAGAAAGCCCCCCGGACCACGAUCACGAUAUGGAUGCUGCAGUAGUUAAGGCAAAACGGCCAGAGGUCUCCCAGAAAAACGCAGGCCCCGAGUCAGGAGGAAAAAUGAGUCAUCCAAAGUCAACAGAAGUCUCCAAAGACCACGAUCAAGACGCUGCAAGAGACGAUUCAGAAGACAGAGCUGGCAAUGCAACUGGUAACGGAAACAAUGUCAGCAAGCGUAAGAGCGUCCGCAAUUUUUUCUCUCGAUCCAUGCGCAUUAAGAACGGAGAUACCGGGGUCGAGGUCUGA